UUUUUUUUUUUUUUUCAAUUUUGAAAAGCCAAAGCCAAAGCCAGUCGGAUACCAAUAGAAUCGAGGUCAGUGUAAAUUAGGAUUUUAAUGAACUGAGUGGCAGUGCGAUUGCUGUUGGUGGGAUUCUCAGUCUUUGUUGAGGAUCUGAAAAGGUCUUAUGGACCGUCCUCCUCAUGAUUAUGCUGCAGCAUCUGCAAUGGCAUAUGCUCAACAGCAACGACCAGUUGGUAAUAUGCAGCAGCAGCAGCAACAAUUUGGAUAUCUUCCACAUCAACAGUUACCUCCAUCAGUGAUCCCUUCUCCCUUCCUUCCCCCUCAUCCUUCUCUUCAACAGUUCCCUUACCUUUCUCACAUACAACAGCAACAACUCCAUCCCCAUCCGCAUCUUCUUCAUCUUCAACAGCAACAACAGCAAACCCCAGCCCCAUUCCCUUCUCAUUUACCCCCUCAAUUGGUUCCUUCACCUUUCCAUGGCCCGUAUGAUUCUCCCCCACCCCCAGCUCCUCCCCCAUCUGAUCCUGACCUUCAAAAGCGUAUAGACAAACUUGUUGAGUAUGCUACUAAGAAUGGCCCAGAAUUUGAAGCCAUGAUCCGUGAAAAGCAACAAGAUAAUCCUGCAUACGGUUUUCUCUUUGGCGGUGAGGGCCAUGGUUAUUAUCGUUACAAACUUUGGUUAUCUACCCGUACCCCAGGUGGCCCUUUUAAUCAUCCAUUCCCACCCUCUUCUAUACCUACGAUGCAUCCCCCACCGAACCCUAUGAUGAAUCCUCUUACUACUCCUCCUAUGAAUGCUGGGGGCAAUUCAGCUUCAAUGAUGGGUGCUCCUCAGAUGCACCAACCUCCUUUUCCACCAUUCUAUGAGCAGCAGCACCAUCAGCAUCCUAAGCCUUUUGUGGGUCAUGGUAGACCAGAUUAUGAUCCUCCUUUUAAAGGUCUUUCUGGUCCACUACCUUCUGAUGUUGCUAUGGAGCUUAACAAUGUGCUUAACAAUCUAAACGGUACCAAAGAGUCAAUUAAAAGUGCCAAGACUUGGUUUAUGCAGAGGUCCCCAUUUGCACCAGCUCUGGCUGCAGCACUCAGAGACAGGGUGUUUUCUGUUGAUGAUUCUGAGAGGCAGCUUCAUAUAAUUUACCUUGCCAAUGAAAUUCUUUUUGACAGUUUGCAACGGAGGACCAACCCACAUGAACUUGAUAAUGAAGCCCUUGCUUUUAGACCUGUCUUGGGUUCCAUGCUUGCAAGGAUUUAUCAUAACCCUCAGAAUAAGGAGGAAAACCAGUCACGCUUACAGAAAAUCUUACAGUUCUGGGCUUCCAAGGAAGUUUUUGAUCAAGAUGUUAUUUAUGCUCUAGAGGGUGAGAUGAUAGGUGGACCAUCAGUUAGUUCUUUUUCAGGUCCUGUAAAAGAAAUGUCUGCUGCUUCAGGAGAUCCACAAACAACAAACCAUAUUGCUCCACAAUGGCAGCCUGAUGGCAGAAGUUCUGUCCCAAAUGUACUAGACCAUGAGCAUCCUGAUAAACAAGCGUCCCCUUUGGUGCCAGCAACCCUAGCAAACCAGCAAUUUCUUCCAACUCCUGUUCCAACAGGUGCUUUUCCAGGGUCCAUGUCCUUAAAUUCUUCUGUUCAACCAGCGAACCAAUCAGCUGCUGGAACUGGUGAAAAGUUGCCUCCAUAUCCUUUGUUUCCACCAGGUCUUAUUCCAGGGAUGGUCAGAAAGAUGCAGAUAGGUAGUGGUGUGCCCUACUCUCCCAUGAGUCCGCUGGACAUCCCAACAGUUAUACCUCCAUCCAAUGUAUCUCCAUCUGAGGUUCUAGAAAGAGUUUCAAAGUUCUUUAAAGAGAUUGGAGAGGUUAAUCCUUCUGAAGGACCUAUGAAAUCUGAUUCAGGAGAUGAAGACUAUGAGUAUGAGAGAGAGCCUUCUGUUCGUAAGGGAGGGGCUUGCAUCCCUCCACCCCCAAAUCUGCAGGUAGACCCAGAAACGGGGACUUAUGCUGAUGGAAGUGUAGAGCGGAAGCCUGGAUCCAGUAGCUCAGGGAGAUUAGGACUUGGGGCAACUGCUAACCCAAAUGAGACAAGUCAAUAUGACGACGUUUAUACUUCUUAUAGGAAACAGAGAAGUACCAACUACCAUUCAUCCAUGAGUGCAAGAGCCACUACAAGGUGAAAACCCUACAAAUUUACCACCGAUUAUCAUCAUUGUUAGGAAAUUUUGAAGUUCUGAAUCUGCUUUUUUCUUACUUAUAUGUUUUCUUCUCGUUCCUUUCCAUCCCAAACCCCCCUCCCCCUUCGAUGUUCCCAGAGUUCAAUUAUGUUUGUAUCAAACUUGUGGAAAUGUGUUAUUAAUGCAUA